AUGGAUGAGCCGUUAUUGGGCUUUAGAGAGUAUGACGUGGAUUGGAUUACUGCAGCCACGUGGCAUUUCUCGAAGCGCUGUAUCGAACAUGCUCGUGCUCUCUCACGCCUCUCCCACCCCUCCCUCCUCCCCCUCGUCGGCUACUCUCCCUCCCCCACGCCCUCACUCCUCUUCCAAUCCGCCCCCGGCCCUGGUGACCCUCACUUACCGCACUCAACCGCUCCCACUCCCCCAUCACCUGCGUCAGCAGCUGUCUCACUUGCUGUUCCAGCUGCAUCAGCUACUGCUACUGACCCGUUUUCAGCACCCACAGAGGCUCUCCCUCUCGCCUGUCCCCUCUCCGUCGCUCUCCCUCACACCAUCGCCCCUGCCACAGACGGCGCUGAUGGCCCCGUGGGUUUCGCCGAGCGAUCCUCGCCGUCGAUUCCGCAGCCCAAGCGGUUUCGCAAUGGCGGGUUUGCCCGGAACCGUCUGCCGACCAUCCCCAGUAUAGAUCAAGAAGACCCUCCCGCACAAAGGGACUCGGGCACAGUAAGGGACUCGGCCACAGUAAGGGGCUUGGCCACAGUAAGGGGCUCGGCCACAGUAAGGGGCUCGGCCACAGUAAGGGGCUCGGGCACAGUAAGGGGCUCGGGCACAGUAAGGGGCUCGGGCACAGUAAGGGGCUCGGGCACAGUUGAGGAUUUGAGCACGUCUGUCAGACCAGGAGAGUAUGUGGGAAGAGGAGCAAGCCCCAGAUUCUUCCAGGGAGGUGCAGAUUUGGCGCGUUCAGUAGAGUCGGUAGUGCAGGAAGACGCCAGAGCAAGGAGCGGAAGAGAUGAUGGUGCCAGUGGGAGUAGUGGUAGAGGUGAUGUCGGUAGUGGGAGUGGUGGUAGGGGUGAUGCUGCCAGUGGGAGUAGUGGUGCUCGAGGUGAUGUUGCUAGUGGGAGAACCGAGGCUGCUCUAGGCGGGGAUGAAAGCGCUUUUCUUGUUGCUCCGAGGCCUGUUGGUCGAGUCUCUGCUGAUCUACUUGCAGCUGCUGCAGUCCUAGCAGCUACCACCACUCAGGAGAGCAACGACGAGGAGAGGAAUGAUGGAAAGGAUGGUGAGAAGGAUGGUGGCAUUAGUGGGGCAAGUGAUGAUGGUGAUGGUGAUGAUGACAAUGGUGGCAGCAGCAGCAGUGGUGAUAGUGGUGAAGGUGGUGGUGGUGCAGCAGAUUCACACCGCCUCUCCCCUUCCCGCUGCUGGCCCCACAUACCCACUCCCUCCCUCUCUCGCUCCCUCACUCGCUCCUUCACUCGCUCCUCCCGAAGCGCUAGAGCUUCAGAGCAAGCAGCAGCCGCCAGUCCAUCGCUCCCCCACCCUACCACCACACCCCCCACCACCCUUGCCGAAGCUGGCCCGUCAGGCCCGGACCGAACCCCCGUUCCAGGCUCGGCAAGCGUGGAAGAGGCUUGGAAGGGCGUUGAGAGGAGGAUGGAGGGGUGGGAGGCGCGGUUAGACGUGCUAGUGCAGGUGGCCGGGGGGUUGGCAUACCUGCACCGGCAGGGGAUGGUGCAUGGGUCCUUGGGACCUGCUAACGUGCUGCUGUGGGAGAAGCGCGAGGGGUUGAGAGAUGAGUGGGUGGAGAGAGGUGGGUCAGAGAGGUUGAGUGGGGGUGCGCUUGGGGUGGUGGAGCGGGUAACAGCAGCUGGAGCAGCAGCAGCGGCGGGGGCAGCGUCAGCAGAAAUAGGAGCAGCAGGAGCAGCCGGAGGAGGAGGAGGGGGUGGAGGAGGGGAAGGGGGAGGCGUGAGCCUGGCAGCGGAGGGAGGGGCGUUUGUGCAGGGAAUGAGAGAGCGAGGUUCGUCGACAGCGGGACCGACAGAGACAACUGUGGAAGGAGCUGUGGGAGGAGAGGGGAGUGGAGAGGAGAGAGGAACAGCGAGAGGAUCAGAGGGAGGUGCAGAGAGAGGCGCAGAGAUAGUAGAAGAGAGAAGAACAGAACGAGGAGCAGAGAGAAGAGCAGAGAGAGGGACGGAGAGAGGAGCAGGAAGAGAACCAGAGAUAGGAGCAGAGAGAGGAGUAGGGAGAGAAUCAGAGAAAGAAUCAGAGAGAGCAGCGGACUCAGAACGACCCUCUGUGAUGCCUGGAGUGGACAUCAGCGCGCUGGUAGCCUCGGCCCCGCUAGACGCAGACCCUGUGACGCUCUUCACAGCAGCAACAGGCAUCCCCACAGACCGGCCCUGCAUGCUGCCCCUGAAAAGCAGUCCGUUCAGAGUGGCCAGCGGGCUGCUGGCUGUCAUUGCGGACUACGGCCUGCCCACGGAUCUGAGGCUCAGGGCGCUAUUCCCUGCGAGGAAUGCGCGGGCGUAUGCGAGUGCUGCUGGUUCGAUGUACCUGGACCCGUCACUGAGCAGACUUGGCCCCUUCCACCCAUCCAACGACAUUUUUCCCCUGGGAAAGCUCAUACAGCAUCUCCUACUCCCGCUCUCCCAGCCAUCCACGUCACAUCCUCUCCACCCCAGCGCCACGCCUCCUGCCUCCUUCCCCUCGGCCUCCUCUUUCGCACGAUCUGGGCCGUCCACUUCACGCCUCCUGCCGUCCAUCUCGAUCUCCUACCGCGGCAUACCCAGAUUGGGUCAGCUGGGGCAGGGCGUAUCUCCCGUCCUAUCACCAUCGGACGCCCCUGGACCAAACUUCAUGUCGCAAUGGCAGUCCCUUGCUGCUCCGUUCAUUGGUGCUGGUGGCAGCAGAGGCGGAGGUGGCCGCAAUACAAGCGCUGCUAGUGGUUCUGGUGGUGCUGGUGCCGGGGCUGGUGCUGCUGCUGCUGCUGCUGCUGCUGGUGCUGGUGAUAUUGGUGGUGGCAGUGUGGUGGGUUCUGCUGAGAGGUAUGGAGAGAGCAGUCAGAUUGAUAUCAGCAGCAGGAGCAGCAGCAUGGUGCAUGGUGGUGGUGGUGGUGGUGGUGGUGGUGGUGGUGGUGGUGGUGGUGGUGGUGGUGGUGGUGGUGGUGGUGGUGGUGGUGGUGGUGGUGGUGGUGGUGGUGGUGGUGGUGGUGGUGGUGGUGGUGGUGGUGGUGGUGGUGGUGGUGGUGGUGGUGGUGGUGGUGGUGGUGGUGGUGGUGGUGGUGGUGGUGGUGGUGGUGGUGGUGGUGGUGGUGGUGGUGGUGGUGAUAUCAGCCGGGACAGCAGCAUGAGCAGGAGCGGGCGCAGCAGCAGCAUGCUGUGA